GCAGGAUGUUCCCACGCUAUGCGUCACUGUCGGUGGCGUACCUAAUCAGGCUCGCUUGAGGGCAUGCUACCGAAGCGCGGCUCCUCCCCUCUUCGUUCUUAACCACCACCAUAUCCUCAGUCAUGGCUCGCCUUGGAUUCUUUGUACUUGUACUGUCUGCACUCGCAUCUCUCAGCGGUGCAGUUCCUACGGAAGAACAGGUGGCUUUGGCAGCACCCGGCGACUGGAGUUGGAAGGACUGUGGUGGCCCGUCCCAUUUGAUUCGCAUUGACGACAUCGCAAUCACCCCUGACCCUCCACAGAAGGGACAGGAGAUGAGUGUGACCGUCAAGGGCACCGCGAAGGAUCAGAUCGAGGAUGGUGCAUACGUCGAUGUCGUUGUGAAGGUUGGUGCAAUCAAGAUCCUGCAGAAGGAGUUCGAUGUGUGCGAGGAGGCGCGGAACGCGAACGCCAGCAUCCAGUGUCCGGUACAGGAGGGGAAGCAUGAGGUUACCCAGACGGUAGACUUGCCGAAGGAGAUCCCUCCAGCGCCUUUCAAAGUCUCCAUUCGUGGCUACACCGUGGAUGACGAGGACUUGGCUUGCGUUGAUAUUGAGAUUGACUUCCGUCCCAAGCGUGGCCUGCUGGGUCUGAGCUGGUAGGACGUUGAUCAUGCUCUGACUCGGCUAGCGGCUCUACAGUGACGUAAGGAGGACGACUGUUACGCUUUGAAGAUCUGAUUACUUUGCUUCCCUCGUGUAUAUCCUCACCUUGCAUGUCUUGCUGUUGAAUGAACCACAAGUCUUCAUGGCUGCUUUAUUGUGCGCUCA